ACAAGGAGGGAUAGGGAAAACAACGUUAGCAAAAGUUCUUUACAAUUCUAUUUUUAGACAAUUUGAUGGUUCAUGUUUUCUCGAAAAUGUUCGAGAAGCUUCGAAAGAUUCCAAGGAUUUAGUUCCAUUGCAAAACAAAUUACUAUCUGAUGUUUUAUCACUGCAAAAUGGAUUGGUAGUCACCAAUGCUAAUAGAGGUAUCAAUAUCAUACAACAUAGACUUCGUCACAAAAAAGUUCUCCUCAUUCUUGAUGAUGUGGAUGACUUGUACCAGUUACAUGCUUUAGCAGGAGAAAGCAAAUGUUUUGGUAAUGGAAGUAGGGUCAUUAUUACUACAAGAAAUAAACAUUUGCUAACUUGUUAUGGAAUUGAUCAAGAUCGUGUGUAUAAAGUUAAACCAUUGAGUUACCAUGAAGCUCAUGAGCUGCUUAGCAAUCAUGCUUGUUUGAUACUCCAAAAAUUAGAAAACAUGACAGAUUUGGUGAAAAGUGUUCUAAAUCAUGCUGGAGGACUUCCUUUAGCACUUGAGGUUCUCGGUUCCUACUUACGUGGUAAAAGAGAAGAUAUAUGGGAAAGUACACUGGAGAAAGUUUCUAGGAUUCCCAACAAAACCAUUAAUGAUGUUCUCAAAAUAAGUUACGAUGGACUAGAAGAAAAUGAGCAAGAGAUUUUUCUCGACGUUGCCUGCUUUUUUAAGUGGAAGGAUAGCAAAUACAUAAAGAAAGUCCUUGAUAGUUGCGAUGUUCAGACAACUGUAGGAUUUGAUAUACUCAUCCAGAGGUCCUUGAUAAGCAUUGACAAUGGAAUACUACAAAUGCAUGACUUGAUUCAAUUGAUGGGCAUGGAGAUUGUGAGACAAGAAUGUCGUGAUGAUCCCAGCAGUCGCAGCAGACUAUGGCGGUAUGAUGAUGUUGCCGAUGCUUUGUCAAGCGAUGUGGGAGAUUGUGUUGUAAAAGCCAUUGUGUUGGAGCCACCUGAGCUAAAAGAGCUAAGUAUCCAUCAUAAUGCUUUUCCAAAAAUGAGAAAGUUGAAAUUGCUCAUCAUACGCAAUGUUCAUAUUUCUUUCCAUGGCCCUAUAUGUCUUCCUAAUGAGCUAAGAUGGAUGGAAUUUGAUGGAAGUGAUGCUUGGAUUCCAAAAUUUCCUCCUGGUCACAAGAAAUUAGUAGGUAUUGAUAUGAGGAAAGGCAAUAUCGCAGAAUUCAUAAAACACUUUAAGGACUUCCAACAAUUGAGGUACAUUAAAUUGAUGAUUGCGAGUUGCUCGUUAGUACACCCAACAUCUCAUGUAUGCUCCAAAUCUCAAAGAAUUGAAACUUUGGAAUUGCAAAAACUUGGUAGAAGCCCAUGAGUCAAUUGCAUAUCAUGACAAGCUCCAAGUCUUGCAUUUUAAAUGGUGCCCUGAACUUUGUGUUUUUCCAAAUGUGCUCGAGUCAAAAAAUCUUCAAGAUCUCAAACUUUCGAUUGCUCAAAAUUUGAAAGAUUCCCGAUAUUCCAGAUGAACUCAGAGGCCUAAAAAAACUUUCCAUACUAGAUACUGCUUUAAAAGAACUUCCUACAUCAAUAAAAAAUCUUGUCUCUAUAGAGGAAAUGCAUUUAGAUAUGGGCAAAAGCUCUAUAAGUAGUCCAUCUAACAUUUACAAGUUACAAAAACUUCAAUGGUUCAAAUAUUUUCUCCCCCAAAUCGUGUUUCCAAACCUAUGGAAUUCAGCUGAUCCAUGCAUGAAGAUUGGACUUCCAAAUUUAAAUGUGUCAGACCUUUUAAAUUUUAAUUUAUCCCAAGUAGAGUUUCUUGAGGAUCUUUCUUGUUUUCCCUCAUUGAAAAUCUUAACUCUGUCGGGGAACAAUAUUACUAGCCUUUCUACAUCCAUCAAGCGUGAUCGUUUGUCCACAUCGUCAAUUAAUAAGGACUUCAAGCAAUUGACAUACGUUGAAUUGAGUGAUUGCGAGUCGCUCGUUAUUACGCCCAACCUCUCAUGUGCUCCAAAUCUCGAAGAAUUGAAACUCUGGAAUUGCAAAAACUUGGUAGAAGCCCACGAGUCAAUUGCAUAUCAUGACAAGCUCCAAGUCUUGCAUUUUAAAUGGUGCCCUGAACUCCGUGUUUUUCCAAAUGUGCUCAAGUCAAAAAAUCUUCGAAAUCUCAACUUUUCUGUUUGCUCAAAAUUUGAAAGAUUUCCCGAUAUCCCACAUGAACUCCGAUGCCUGGAAAGACUUUGCAUACUACAUACUGCUAUUAAAGAACUUCCUACAUCAAUAGAAAAUCUUGUCUCUCUAGAGGCAAUGUUCUUAGAUAUUUGCAAAAACUCAGUAAGCAUUCCAUCUAAUAUUUACAAGUUACAAAAACUUCGAUGCUUCAAAUCUGCUUUUGGCCCAAUCGUGUUUCCAAACCUCACGGAUUCAGCUAAUCCGUGCAUGGAGGUUGGACUUUCAAAUUUAAAAGUCUUAGAACUUGUCAAUUGUAAUCUGUCCGAAGUAGAGUUUCUUGAGGAUCUUUGUUGUUUUCCCCUGUUGGAAGACUUAGAUCUGUCGGCGAACAAUAUUACUAGUCUCCCUAUAUCCAUCAGUAAGCGUGAUCGUUUGUCUAAAUUGUCAAUUUGUUAUUGCCAUCAAUUACAAGAGAUUCCCAAGCUUCCGCCAUUUUUAAAUUCACUGCUCACGGAUGGGUGCGAAUCUCUACAAACAAAUGGACAUUUAACUUCAAUUGAUCAGCGGGUCCAUCGAGGAUUGACCAUGGUUGACACUGCUUCAAUUGCCAAGGUCAGAUUCUCUCUCUCGUGCGCACACAUAUCGGUGUGGAGAAUAUGUUCAAAACAAUAUGUGCUUUUAUAUUGCAAUAGCUGAAAAUGCAAAAUCAGAGGUUUGAGAAAACCAAAUGAAUAUAAAGUGAUCCUACACUAAUAUUUACGUAGUGAAGGUGGCUAGCAUAGUUUUUAUGGGAAUGAUUUUUAUCACAUGAGACUUCUAUCUUAACGCAAGCUGGGAUCAAUGGAUCCCUCCUCAUUUACGGAACUCUUUACUCACUUGGA